UUUGAAGUUAUCAUAUCUAUAAAUGGCUACAUUUUGCAGACAACACAUGGAGGAUGAGGCGUCGCCUUACACAGACCCGACAGACACGGCCGUCUCCAAGAGAUCUUCAACGUAUGCCACGCCAUACGACCAGUUUAAGUCCGACAAUGGAUUCAUAGCAGUCCGGAAUAUUUCCCAGAAGAAGGACCCCCAAUACUUCAAUGUAGACGUCCAGGACGGACUCUGUGAGCGGGUCAAACCGCAGAGAAAGGGUGGCGGCCGGGGGCACAGGGAGUACUUCAACGUCCAGAUAAAGGGUGCCAAAAAGAAAAGUAAGGACUCCGGUAAAGAAUACUGGGAUGUUCACGUCAACACAAAUGCAGCGCCACCAAGCACUACCGGAAGUGCAGCAACCGAAAGUGCAGCAACCGGAAGUGAUGUAACCGAAAGUUCGGGCGAAACUCCUGAGACUGAUACAGCUCAAGUUCGUGUCGAGACUCGUAGAAACAAUUUUCCUACACCUUACUCCUGUAUAGAACUCCCGUGAAUUUGGUCAAACAUUGGUUGAAGAACCGGUAACCGUCUGUGAUUCGCCUAACCGUCAUACAUUCUACAAACAGCGUAAUACGACUCCUCUUGAACUGGCGUGCGAUUACCAUUUUAGUCAUAGAUUGGUUUUUGAUUUUAAUUUAAAAAGUCUUUUUUUUUUGGCAUACAAAAGCAAAGAACUUAAAAUAGCACUGAGUACUUACUGACCAACCGCUAUGUUCCCCGUGUGUUCGACAGAGUACGUGUUGGUGUUUGCUACAAAUGUCGUACUUUUAAUUCAACCAUUUGACAGUGAUUGGUCAGUACUACUUGUGGUAUAUUGUAGGGUUCGUGUUUGAUAUGUCAUUCUUUUCCAUUGAACCACACAUCAAGUCGAUAAAGAAUAAUUGUAAAAUGGAAAUCAAAGAUUGAAAUUUCAUCACGCUAGAAGAAACAGACAGACAGGCUGUUAAUUAGUGGAAUGAAAGAAACAACUACGUGAUAAGUGGGACACUUAUCUGUGAUAAAAUUAGGACGGAUUAAAACAAAUUAUGUCGAU